AUGAGUUUCUCUAGACUUCCGACUUUUGCCAGUCCACUGAAUUACUCUUUAAGCCUGAAACCAAGCCUAGAGACAUUUAACUGCGAGGGUACUGUAACCAUUUCUGUUCGGGUUUCAAAAGCUACAAGCUAUUUGCAAUUACAUUUGGAGGAGUUGGAUGUAAAGGAUGUUCAAGUAACGCUGGAGAAUGGUGACAGUAAGUUUUGUGUUUUGAGUGUAUGAUUUGUGUCAAAACGUUUCUUACUUGGUAUUUCAGUAAAUUUUUAACUCGUAGCUUUGAACGUUUUCUGACCGAGGAUUACUGUAAAAUUGAUGUUGUUUUAGGGGUUAACGGUCUGAAACUAAGAUACGACGACAAAUGGAAUUGGGUAUUUGUUGACUUUCCAACUGAAAUUUCUCCACAGGUCGUGAAGCUGACAUUUAUCUACAGUUUUAAACACCUUGACAGACUCAACGGGUUCUACAGGUCGAGUUACAAAGAUAUAGAUGGUAAUAACAAGUACUUGCUGACUACCUUUCUUUGUGUAAGUAUUUUUAAAUUUGACAUUAUACUUUCAGUUUUAUGUGACUAUGUCGGAUAGGAACCCUAUUAUAUUUUAUUUAGAUACUAAACAUUAGUUUACUACGGUAAUGACUUAUGAUAUUUUAGCCGACAUACGCCCGCAGGGUCCUUCCUUGCUGGGAUGAACCCAUUUACAAGGCCAGUUUUGAAGUCACCCUUGAAGUAAAAAAAGGGCUUACAUCGUUGUCGAAUAUGCCAGUAAUUCAAGUUGAAGGUACAGAUAUUACUACAAUAUACACUUAUGCCCCUUCACCAGUAAUGUCAACGUAUCUUCUUGCUUUUGCUGUCGGGGAAUUCGAAUAUAUAGAAGUAAGUUGUUUUAUAUUUUUAAUUUUUUGUUACUUAUGGACAAUUUUUUAUUUUAAUUGUAUCAUAUUAUUGUUUAUGUUCUAAUAGGUGUAAUUUUAGAAAAAGACAACUUCAGGUAUACCAAUAAGAGUAUACACAGUGAUGGGGAAGAAAGAACAAGGGUCUUUUGCUCUGGAAUUGGCUGUAAAAGCUUUGGAAUGGUACAAUGAAUGGUUUGACAUCAAGUAUGUGUUACCUAAAGUCGACUUGAUAGCCAUACCUGACUUUUCGAUGAAUGCCAUGGAGAACUGGGGUCUGGUCAGCUACAGAGAAGUGGCAUUGUUAAUUGACCCCAAAAGCUCUUCAAUCAGUCAAAAAUCUCGUGUGGCACUAGUUGUAGCUCAUGAGUUAGCACACUUCUGGUUUGGGGACUUGGUAACUAUGGUAAGGAAUGAACAUAAGAAUACUGUACUUUUUGUUUAAAUCAAAGCCUAUUUUGAUGAAAACAAAUGAACAAGUUAAGUACUGCAGUAGUAUACUGUAUUUUAGGAUUGGUGGACCGAUUUGUGGCUGAACGAAGGCUUUGCCACUUUCAUGGAGUAUGUGUUUGUUGACCAUCAGAACCCCGAAUUUCAAGUUUGGCUUCACUUCUUGAGCUACGAACUGGAACGUGGCUUCUGUUUAGAUCAUCUACAUUCCACGCAUUCGAUUGAGAUCGAAAUCACAAAUCCAAACGAAUUGGACGAGAUUUACGAUGCCAUUACCUACUCCAAAGGAUGUUGUGUCAACCGAAUGUUGUACGAUUACCUCGGCAAGGACGUGUAUCGUGCUGGACUGGUCAAGUACUUGAAGAAGUUUCAAUUUAAAAACACUGUGACUGCUGAUCUGUGGGAAGCUUUAGGAGAAUCUUCGAAUCAAGAUGUGAAGACGAUGAUGUCAAAAUGGACUCAGCAGGCUGGCUUCCCGUUAAUUCAAGUGUCAGAAGAACACUAUGGAGACAAGAGGACGAUCACGGUGAAACAGCAAAGAUUCUUGGCCGAUGGUACAACCGAUAACACGAUCUGGCACGUUCCCAUUAAUGUCAUUACAUCUUCAAACAAAGAGUUUAAGUUUCUGUUGACAAAACAACAAGAUACGUUUGAGAUGGACAACAUAAAGGCAGAUGAAUAUAUCAAGGUUAAUUCGAAUUGCAGUGGGUUCUACAGAGUGAUGUAUUCAGAAGAUGCAACGACAAAGCUUAUCACUCAUUUUGAUAACUUAUCAACAGCUGACAGAUUCGGAAUCGCCAGCGAUUUGUUUGUUCUGGCCAAUGCGGGAAAAGUUACAGUAGCACCGUUCUUGGAUCUUCUGAAGACCAAAAAGACGGAUUACGUUGUGUUAGCUAUCUUGGACAGAGGAAUCUCUGCUUUGAACAAUGUAAUCGGACAUGUUGGGGAUGAAGAUCUGCAUAAUAAGUUCAAAAAGUUCGUACUCAAGAGUUUCAAAUGGAUAGCUGAUGAACUGGGGUGGGACAAGAAGGAAGGUGAAUGUAAGUUGAUUCUGUAAAAUAAAUCUUAUUUAUACACGUAAUGUACUAUUGUUAGCACAAUAUGGACUCAUAUGGUUUAUUAAUAUAUUUUUAUGAAAAGCAAUUUUUAUUGUUUAAUACGUCUAAUGUAAAUGAACUGUGUUAACUACAUAUAUAAAUUUACAGUUGCUCUACUGUCCACAUUACGUUCCCUGAUAUUUACUCGCCUGGCUGCUUGUGGUGAUAAGAACACAAUCAAUAAAGCUUUGGCUUUGUUUGAUGAUUAUAUUACAAACGGAACGCCAUUGAACCCUGAUUUACGUUUUUUCAUUUUCGCGACAACUGUAAAGCACCGUGCAGAUGGAGUUGAACAAGUCAUGAAGAUCCUGGAGAAAAGAGAAUUUCCUGAAGUUGUCAGAGACGCCAUCAUUGCUGUUGGCCAAACAAAUGAGGCCCAAAAGCUGGAAAUGGUAUACAACUCGGCUGUUAUCAACGGCAACGUCAAGAAUCAGGUACGGUAACUUUUUUAAUUUUGCGAAGUUGUAGAUCACAUUUCUGACUAUAUUACAAUGAGAAAGUCUAAUUAGAGCUUUAAUAUAUUGGUUGUAACAUUAAAAUAAUCCUACUUUAUUUCAUUAUAAGUUUUUUAUGUAGGAUAUUGUUUUAGGACCUGGCUUAUAUGUUCUCCGGCACUAUCAACACUAAAACUGGUCAAGAAUUCUAUUGGAACUUCUUCAAAAAGAAUCUGAAGCUGAUCGUGAACAAGUUCGGGUCAGUUAAUUCCAAUUUGUUCAUACAUACAUUAAAAUCGACCGGUCUUUUACAAAGUUCAUCUGAAUUUAUCACGGAGUUUGAGGUAAGUCUUUGGUUAAUAUUACUGUUGCUCUAUAUAUUACCAUAAUCAAAAGUAUUCCUUUUUUUAUGUUUUGCUUUAUAGACAUUCUGUAAUGCCAAUUUCGACCACGACCAGUUGAAGAUUCUUGACCGUACCGUUAAACAAACCAUCGAGUAUGUCAAGAUCAACAAUCAGCUACGGCAGUGCAUUCCUGACGUUAAGAAGUACUUAAAUUAA